UUCAGCUUCAAAGCUAGAUCUUCUUGUGUUGGUGAAGAUGUCACUCUGACUUGUGCUGUGCCUGGGACUGGAAGACUGACCUGGGUCAUUGGAUCAAGUGAUAACACUAUUCUCUUCAACCUGGCAGAUGACUCAUCUCUCACUACUCAGACUGACUCCACUGGCCAAUUCACUGCCUCACUGACAAACUACUCUCGAGACCAGCAGUACUCUUUCCUCGGUGACUUAACUUCAACACUCCACACACGAGUCAACCCCUCCCUCACUGACUAUCCCAUUAAAAUUCUCUGCUACAAUGGGAUAAGCAACAAUAUUUCAGUACCAUCAUACAUAAAGAUAGCAGGAUUCCCUUCACCUCCGUGGAACCUGACAUCGUCAGUGGUAUAUGGAAUAUCUCGGUAUUCACUGGUAGUUGGGUGGGAGAGUCCACGAGAUGAUGGAGGGGUGGAGAUUGACAACUACACCCUCUCUCUCCACCAGGAGGACCAGACUGUGGUCCAGACAACUACUGAGUCUCUUGAACUACGUCUCUCACUGGACUACUCCACUGUCUACUCCAUCAUCAUCACUGCCAACAACUGUGCUGGCACCAGCUACCCUGUAUCUCUGACUAGUGUGCAGGCUGGCUGCAGAGCUCCACCAUCACCAGUCAAUGGUAGUAUUGAGGAGUACAGGAGUACAGAGGAGGGAGCAGAGAUCCAGUUCCACUGUCAGAAUGGAUACACUCCUAAUGAAAGGAUGUCAUCUCAAUGUCUAAACUCAUCAUGGUCCCUUCACCCAACGGACCUAGUCUGUGUCUUUACACCACCGCCUAAACCACCAACACCUUAAUAGACAAGAAUUGUUCAUUGAGGGACCUGUCUCCCUCUCUGGUUGAGGAGAACAGAGUGUGUGGGUCAGUGAGUGGUGGUGGGGUGUGUUACAGUGGAGACAGUGUAGGAUCAGUGGCAGUCUACUUCUGUGAUGAUGGCUAUAGUCUAGAGGGAGACACUACCAGAGAAUGUCUGUCUAGUGGCCUCUGGAAUGGAACCACUCCUCAAUGUGUGGAGACAGAAGCAGCAGAACCUGAUGAUAUCAGAACACCAGCAAUCAUUGGUGCUGUGUGCAGUCUUGUGUUUCUAACUAUUGGAGUUCUACUGGGAAUGGUGGGACUGUACCUCAUACAGAGAGUGAGGGGCAGGUUGUCUGGCCCCACCUCCUCCUCUCCCUCUCCCCUCCCUCCACCAGUCACCUAUGAGGAGGUGGGUGUGGCAAGAGAGGUCAAGAGUUCACAAGACAUUCAGCUGACCUCCAAUGAGGCAUAUGG